AUGUAUAAAAUGGAGUAUUCUUACCUAAAUUCCUCUGCCUACGAGUCAUGUAUGGCCGGGAUGGACACUUCGAGCUUGGCAUCGGCCUAUGCGGACUUCAGUUCGUGCAGUCAAGCCAGUGGGUUUCAGUACAAUCCCAUCAGGACCACUUUUGGGGCCACCUCCGGCUGUCCGUCUCUCACGCCGGGGUCCUGCAGUCUGGGGACCCUGCGGGACCACCAGAGCAGCCCGUACGCCGCAGUUCCAUACAAACUCUUCACGGAUCACGGGGGACUGAACGAGAAGAGAAAGCAGAGGCGCAUCCGGACCACUUUCACCAGCGCACAGCUGAAGGAGCUGGAGCGGGUUUUUGCUGAAACACACUACCCGGACAUCUACACUAGAGAGGAGCUGGCACUCAAAAUCGAUCUGACAGAAGCCAGAGUGCAGGUAUGGUUCCAAAACCGACGUGCCAAAUUCCGCAAGCAGGAGCGGGCUGCAGCAGCGGCUGCAGCUGCUGCCAAGUCCAGUUCUGGAAAAAAGUCCGAUUCGAGAGAUGAAGACAGCAAAGAGACCAAAACCACCGACCCUGACAGCACAGGAGGACCGGGCCCGAACCCCGUGCCCACCUCCAACUGCGGCGGGCCGAGCCCUACUGCAGGCCAAGUCAACACCACCGGGAACGGACAAGCGGACCAAGUGAAGACCUCCGUGUCCACCGGCAUGGGAGUGACAGCACCAAGCCAAGGCUGGGCCACCGCACCGGGGACCAUCACCUCUAUCCCGGACUCAUUGGGCGGGCCCUUCGCCAGCGUACUGUCGUCUUUGCAAAGACAGAACGGAGCCAAAGCUACGUUAGUAAAGACCAGCAUGUUCUAA